AUGGGACGAGUAGAGCCGCCGUUCAUGUAUGACCCGCCAUCCUCCAACCGGUUCUCUGGUAUUUCCGAUAAAUUUGACCCAAAAUCUGUUACGCGGGAAAGCUGGACCCCGCGCGAACCUCGGAUGGAAAUAAAAGGACCUCUUGUGAAUUUCAAUACACAUCCGGAUUCUUAUAUUGUGAUUCCGGAUGGAAAAUUUAACAAGAAAACAAUGAGCCCUAAGACAAAGCACAGGGUAAAGUACACGAGAACCUUUCAACUGGUCUUGAGAGUUUGUACUUUGAUCGGAGGCCUGGGACUGCUGUUCUGCGUCAUAUGUAUCAAUAAGACUGCCGGUGUAGUGUCGUGGAUGAUUCGUGUAGCACCUGGGGUGACAAUUCUACAUACCAUCUACGCGAUCUACCAUCUAUCUCGGUCUUCUGCUGCACGCACUCCUGCUUCAUCCGCGAGCUAUAUGUUGUUCGCUUCCGUUAUGGAUGCUGGGCUUAUUCCACUCUAUGUUUUCACAGGAAUCAUAGCUCGGGUUGAACAAACCAGCAAGAUAUAUGGUUGGGGGACAUUGUUCGAUACUGAAUUGGCAGCGAACAAAAUUGAAUACGCGACUUUUCUUGGUUGCUCAAUUACUGCGGGCCUUCACUUUGCAUCGUUGGUUAUAUCCAUCUAUCUGGCUGUUGUAUUUCGCAAAAUUUCAAAACUUCCUCCGGAUAUGAAUCCAUUGGAAGAUAACCUAACUUCACGCCCACACAAACGCACCAAAUUCAACAUAGCAGAGGUCGCAACGAAACACAUGAGCGACAGCACGAUUGACUCUUCGGAUUUUAAUCGAGGAUCUCUCGUAAAAGAUCCAUUAAUUACCCCUACACGUAGUUUGCCCUUUAUGCACACACGUGUUGAUUCUGUUGACGCUGUUGACGAUAGCCCUAGACAAUCCUUCUAUUCAGCACAGUCUUACCGAUAUUCACGAUCAGAUCUUCCGAGCCAACAGGCACGUCAGCAUGGACAAUUGCAGCAUACCCCAGUCGGCAUCACGCGGACGACCGCACGAGAUCGUGUCGGCGGUUUAUCUCGUCCUCAGUCUGCCAUCAUAAACACUCCCCCCAAGCGUGAGAGCUUGCGGCCAGAAGCUCCUGAAACUCCUUCCCGUAAUCCUAGUGACGUGUCGUCAUUAUCCAAGGAAAACUGGUUUGCUUACCCUUCAUCUCCAUCUCCUCCACCGCACACCGACCGAGUUUCUCCAUUGCCAGAUCAUCCUGGAUCGCCCGAUAUGAGCGGCAAGGAUAUAGGUGUCAAGGAUUGGGAAGGCACGACCGAUUUAUACGGCUUUGGCCGAAGCAACACAGUAAUCAGGCAUCGUAGCCAAGAUAAUUAUAGCCCAUUGAGCAGCUACUCCGAUGAUGAUCAUAACAUAUACGACAAGGAACAUACAGAGAAUUUGUACAUUUACGAGCAAGAUUUAAGCGAUAAGGGGGGCAGCAAUGCCUACGACGAUGAUAAGACACCAUCACCCACCAUAAAUCCACUGAAAAUGAACCCCCCAACACCGCAGCCUUCCGUGCAGCAACAGCUCAACUCGUAUGGGCAGACAGGCAGUAUCAAUCGCAUUGCGUUGACAGAUGCGCCAAACCCGUCACUUAAUAAAAGAUACUCAACGCCAAUAAAAUCUCGAAAUCAAGAAAACGAACUCACUAACGGGUCAACUUCCAUCGGAAUGGAGAACGACGCCCAGUACCACAAACAAUUAACCCCUAAUAGCGCUGUGAAAAAUUCCACCCCGGGAAAAAAGCGAUGGACGCUAAGAGGCGGAAAACCGUCCACCUACGAAUCCUUACAACCGGACGACGACAGCGAUGAUGGUCGCGAUGCCAGCCCUGCCCAUCUCGAUAGUGAUCGCAAGGGGCGUGUGGUGAGCAACUCUGGAAUUGAUUUGGGAUCAGGUUUUGGAUCCGGCUCUCCUGGGUAUGGUAGCUAUCUUGCCGGGUUGGGCGUUGGGAGGAGACGGGAUGUCAGUGGAAAAGCGGCGGAGGAAGGCCGAAUUGCUGGAGUGCGCAUGGUUGCCGAAGAGGAAGAACGCGAAGGCGCCAAACCCAAAGGACGGCGGCUUUCAAAGUCGGGAGGCGGUGAGAUUAGGGCUGCUGGAUGGGCUCGUUUUAAAGGGUUAUAA